ACAAAACCCUAGGGUAAACCCAGACGCUUAUACCUCUCUCUAUGGCGUGUACGAUCGAUUUCAGAUGCUUGGAUGAGGGCCUCGGCGGCCAAAAGAACAAGCGCAAGAGAUCAUCAGAAACUGAAAUCAACGAUGUCUCGAUGGAGAUCGACAACGAUAACAACGAUGAUGCCUCAGCGCCGUCGGCAAAGAGGCAAGCCAUACCUUCCUCCGAGAACCCAGACAAGCCCAAAUACGACGGCAUAAUCGCCGGAAAGGUGUCCGGGAGAAAGUGGAAGCAGCCGCGGAAGCAGCGAUCAUCGGCGUCGAAGGUGAGUCUGAAGGGAACGACGUUCGAGCAAAGGGCGAAGCAGAAGGAGAUAAAGAAGGCGUACAAGGAGAGAAUGACGGAGCUGAAGGAGGAGAUAAGGACGAAUAAGGUGGAGAAGAGGAAGAAGAGGGAGGAGAGAGAAAAGAGGAAACAGGAGAAUAUUCUCAAGUCUGGGACCAAGCUUCAGAUAAUCAGUAACCCUAAGACCUUGAAGAAGAUUGCAAAGUCGAAGCAGAGAAAGCAACUUAAGCUUGUUCCUGAUAGUUUGGUUAAGAAGUAGUAUUUCAUUAUGUACCAAUACCAGAAUCUUCAAUUUUGGUUGUUUUUUUUAAUGCGAAAUCAACACUUGUAGCAGUUUUGGCAUUUUCAUUUUUGCUGAAAUCUAAUUUCUUGGGGUGAUUGAUAUUUCUUUACCUA